UUUUCCAAUGAUUCGUCGCACAACCACACGAGGCUGUCUGAAUCUAAAUAAUUUGUCGAUUAAUUCAGAAGGUGUACGUCAACGUUACUUUUAGAAUUGUGAAGAGCAUUGAGGAACAAAAAAGAGGAGAAAGCGAAUCAAGAAAAAGCAAGUCUCAGUGAGCCGAGGUUUGCAGGGCUGUUGGAAGGAAGGAACUCGAGUGUGCUGCGCAUGCCCCUACGAUUUAAUCCGAAGCUGCGAUACGAUUACUGCCGAAGUAUUUGCUCAGAUCAGCUGAUGAGUUAUCAUGGGAUCGCAGGAUAACAUUGUUCGAAAUUUUUAAACGCCAGGGCCGAAGGUCGCCGAUAACAUGGUAGCUAAAAAUAUUGAGGAUGGUUUCGGAUCGGCAGCGCUUCAGAACACUAGCACAGAAUACGCCGAGGUUAUUAUUCAACAUCGAAUGCGUGCAAUCGAGGCGUCGUUAAGCAACUGUUUGAUGCAAGUCGAAUCUUUGAAGGAGGACUAUGAAUGCUUGGAGAGUAAAAUCGAUUCACUGAAAGACACAGUUGCCAGCAUAGCUAACGUACGAAAUGUUUCACACGCGGGCCAAGUGGUGCUCUCCGGUAUACCACCGGAUUGUACACUAUCCCCGGAAACUAUUCUCAAGAAGGUUUUCGAGGCUCUCGAUAUUGGUGAACGGUCGACGGAUAUUAUAACGAUGAGGAUAAUGGUCAAACGUGGAAAAAAUCAAACCGAGCAGUCUCAAGAACCGUUCAGGGCUCCCUGUGUCGCCUUACUCGUUUCUGACAUAGUGCGUGAUUACGUUUUGGAGAAACGGCGUGCGAAGAAAAACUUUGUUUGGUCACAAGUACUCGAAGAUUGUUCGCCUGCCUUUGGCCAAUCGACUGUCUACCUGAAUGAGAUGUUGCCUCCUUCGACCUAUCGAUUAUUCCGUCAAGCCAAACGCAACAUGGCGCAAUUGGGUUAUUCGUAUGUAUGGCAUAAGAACGGACACGUCUAUGCGAAGAAAUCUCACGGUCAACCGCGAAUCAUUUUGAAGUCGAUCGAAGAUAUGGUCCCUUGAGGAGGACCAACUUAAAAAAUAUCGUUUCCGAUCAGAGAUCGGUGCUGCGAGUGCUACAAAGAUAUGUAGAAUCCACAUUUUUUCUUAUUUCUUGCAGGCAAUGUUUAACUGAUUUUAUGGCAUACCAUUUGAUCACUGCGUUUAUAUUUGUCGAUGAAUAUGGCGUGCGAUAUAAUAACGAGUCCGAAACUCUCGAGUGAAUUUAUUCAAUUUGAUGAGUUUGAAACUUUAUCGUUCAUUCUUUGAUUUAAUCGAUCUGAAAAAUGAAUUAUUUUUAUAAUGAAUACAAAUUUAUUUUUUAUAUUAAUUACUGAAUCCAUCGACACGUAUUUUUCCAUAAAUAUUUCCAUAAAUCACUUUUGGU